AUGCACAACCUAUUUUAUACAACAAUGGGCAAAGACGAAAAAGAAGACUCUGGCUUCGGCUUCAAAGACAAGGCGAAAGCAGAAGAAACAUUAAGACUGUUAGAGAAACACGACCCCAACUACAGACGGUUAACUGUUAGGGGCCUUUUGGGCAGAGCGAAAAGAGUUCUUUCAAUGACAAAAGCUGAAGAUAAAAUAAAGAAUAUCAAAGAAGCAAUGCAAGUUUUCGAAGACUGGCUCGCAGAAUUAGAGAAGAAUAAAGAAAAGAAGCCGGAGAAGAAAGAAAGUAAGAAGAAGGAAGAGAAAAAAGAAGAGGAAGAAGAAAAUAAUGAUAAUGAUAAGGAAUCUAGCUCAGAUGUAGAAAUGGAUGACAAAUCAAAAGCAAAGGAAGAGAAGAAAGAGUUACCCCCAGACACUGUGCCGGGGUUGGGAUUCAAAGACAAGGUUGCAGCAGAAAAUACUUUAAAGGAGUUGGAGGGGAGGGAUCCGGACUAUCAAAAGUUGGCCGUCAAAGGGCUAAUAGGAAGAGCCAAGAGAGUUUUGACGUGUACCCGCGACGAAACAAAGUUAUCCAACAUAAAGGAAGCUAUCUCCAUUUUCGACCAAUUCUUAGACGACUUCGACACUUUGCAUAUGAGCAAACAGAACAAUCCAUAUAUAAGUUUAAAUAUCGUCAAAACAUGCGUCAAGUUAGACGAACAGACAAACAAAAUUACUGACAAACAAAAAACCUUCAUAGAGGCAUAUGAAUCAGUCCGAGGAGAGUAUAAGCGGCUGAGAACUGUAGAUGCGGGAGAUGGAAAGACCUGGGAUAUUGUUAGAAAUAGUGCUUUGAAAGAAUUGAAGGAGAAGUAUGCAGAAGCAAAACUGUUUAACGACAAAGAUGAACCCACACCAGAACAUUUAGAAAUGUUACUUUGGGCGUAUUCACCGGAGAUGGCGAGAGUGAAGAAAGUUAUACCCGAAGCGGUGCAGGAAUCCCGCAAGAGAAGAUGUAGCGAAGAAGAAGAAUCUCCUAGUAAGAAGAAGAAAGAG